UUUGUACAAAUAUGCUGGUUUGGGACACACAUUCAUUUGGAGUAAGGUUGGAGAGAGUGAGUGAGAAGGGCAAUAAUUGAAAACUGGACCAGGGUGCAGGCUGUGGGAGAGGACCAACAUGACCUUGUCGGUUGUUCUGCAAGACAAAUUCUUGCAGUACUAGUCAGUAGUCACCACUCCUUCUGAGUGUGCAAAACAACCUCUUCCCCUGUUCCUUUCCUACUUGGUUUUUAUGGAUCUGGAUGGCUGGUAGGAAACAACACCCUUCUAGGCCCUCUUCCACACCACCUUUCUCAAAAUCCCACAUUACAUGUCUUUCUUAAUCAAUCUUAACUCUUAAAACAAUUUACUCUCUCCACUCUCUUUGUGUCUCCCAAGGUGCUGUGUUGUGUUGCUUGGUGCAAUUAAAGCUUUCUACUUUCUACCUCAAAUCUCUAUAGCCUAAUAUUCUACCCGCUGAGGUGAGUCUUAUAUUUUAUUUUAUCUCCAAGGGACCCCGCUAGUAGUCUCAUUUCCAUUGAAUAUGAAUUUCUACCAAUUUUUUUUUUAUCCUUUUCUCUUUGUUUUUUCCCUAAGAAAAAAAUAAUAAUUAAACUAUUCCUAUUCCGUCGCUAUAGUGGUGCUAUAUAUACAGUUAAAUCACUCAUUCACUUCUGAGAAUAGGAUUGAGUAGUGAAAAUUGGUUGGUGGGUUAGCACCCAGAACGUCAAUAUCAGAAUAAGGAAAGAAUAAUUGUGGGCGUGCUAGUAAUUAUAAGUGUUUGGUUGAGUCUAGUCUUGGAUUAGAUGGGAUAAAUAUGAAUUAGCUAGGGUUGAGGAGAGACUAGAGGAAGAUCCACAAGCAUAAUUAAAGCAGAAAAUGAGGAAGAUGAUGAUGAUGGCUUAAGAUAGAUUUAUUACAGCGAUCGAGUCAUAAUUAGAGAGAGAGAGAGCAUAGAAGGUUGAAAUCAAACCUAGCUUGCUAGAUCUUGGCCACACCACAGACAUCAGCAAACCUUGAUGGCAAUGAGAGGGCAACAAGAUAAGGAAAUAGAGAUACCAACCACAACCACUUUAGGUUACAACCUUCCCAACCGAGAUUCUUCUUCUUCCUCUUCCAAGCUCUCUUCUCCAACUGUUGGUGAAAGAAGUAGCAGUGAUCAUGAUCAACAGCAUCAUCAACCAACUCAUCAAACUCGCACAUUAAUCUUCAACGAAACACCUCACCAUAAUCUCUAUCCACCACCACCACCUCCUCCUCCUGCUCUUGCACCUCAUCGACCCACGUCAGAUCCAGAUCUAAGCACCCCAAUUGCUCCCACAUCGAAUCCCUCAAGAACAGCGCCGCCUCAAACGACAACAACAACAACCUCGACGCCGUCGAUCAGGUACCGAGAAUGUCUUCGGAACCACGCGGCGAGCAUGGGGAGCCACGUGGUGGAUGGCUGCGGCGAGUUCAUGGCAAGUGGGGAAGAAGGCACGCCAGAAUCACUAAGAUGCGCAGCAUGCGAGUGCCACCGCAACUUCCACAGAAAAGAAGUUGAAGGAGAAUUACGACCGCAACCACAACCACAACCGCAAACACAUGUUCCAAAUUACCACAGCUACUACACCAACAAGCACAACGGUCACCUUCACUACCCUACACCCUCUUCAUCUUCCCUCCAUCAUAGAUUGGUUACACCAACAAGCUUGGUCUCCCCAGUGAUGAUGGCCUUUGGGGGCCCAGCUGAGUCAUCAAGUGAAGAUCUCAACAUGUUUCAGUCCAACACUGGAGGAGCACAGUUAAUAUCAGUGCAGCAGCAUGCACCACUACUCUCUUCCAGCAAGAAGAGGUUCAGGACUAAGUUCUCUCAGCACCAGAAGGAUAGGAUGAUGGAGUUUGCUGACAAGAUUGAUUGGAAGAUCCACAAACACAAUGAGCAGGAGGUACAGCAGUUUUGUUCUCAAGUGGGUGUCAAGAGACAGGUUUUUAAGGUUUGGAUGCACAAUAACAAGCAAACAACUAGUAGUAAGAAGCAGCAAAUCUAGCAAUUUUCACCCUUGGGGCAAGACUCUAGAGAGAGAGAGAGAAACAAAAAAAGAAAAGAAAAGGAGAGAGAUGAGGAUGACUUUUGGUCGUUGUGAUGAACUGGGAUAUUGGUGUACGUUGUUUGUGAUGAGGAGGUACACUCACACACUUAUGCUAGCUGUAACAAUAUUUCAUGCAUAAUACUUUGGACGAACUUUUCUAAUUUAAUUAUGGAAGUGUUGGUUCGUGAA